AUGCCUGCCUUACUAUUAUAUCUUCUGCAACUACUACUACUAUUACUUACUUUUCAAUGCACUCAUGAUUUUCCUCUAUGCAAUGCAGUAGCUCUUGUUCUCAUCACAGAGCAUCCUGCUAAUUGCAUAGAGAAUGAGAGAAUGGCGCUUCUUGACUUCAAGAAGAACAUCAUUGAUCCAAACAACAAUCUCUAUUCUUGGGCAGGACAAGACUGCUGCUCAUGGAAAGGAGUCAACUGUGACAACCAAACUGGCAACAUUGACAGACUUGAACUUGGGUGGCAGAUAUCUGACCAGCAAUACUUCAAUCUGAGAGGUGAGAUAUCAUUGUCUUUGCUUCAUCUUCAACACUUGAAACACCUUGACUUGAGUGGCAACUUCUUCCUUGGAGAAUCUAUUCCAUCAUUCCUAAGCCAGUUCAAAGAAUUGAGAUACCUCAACCUCUCCGGUUCUUACUUUGCUGGACACAUUCCUGCUAGUUUUGGAAAUCUCUCCAGUUUGCACACUCUUGACCUCUCAUACAAUUAUGGAGUUCAUGUUGAUGAUCCCACUCAUCAAUGGCUUUCUCAUCUUACUUCAUUGCAACACCUUGUUGUGAGUGGUGUCACCUUUGGCAGUAACUCAUCAAGUAGCUUGUUUCUAGCCCUGAACAAGCUUCCUUCCAUAAAGGAGAUACGUCUGUCUGAAUGUGAACUUGAAAGCGUUUCUCUUUUCAUUCCCCAUCUCAACUUCUCGUCUCUCUUCAUUCUUGAUAUCUCGUACAACUACAUCAAUUUUUCAGUGUCUUCCUUGCUGUUCAACCUAAAAAGCCUUCAAUAUCUAUACCUCAGCAACAAUCAUUUCAAUAACAUUGAGCAUCACUAUCAAUGGCUUUCUCAUCUCACUUCAUUACAACACUUUGAUAUGAGUUAUAACACUAUCAGCAAUUCAUCCAGAACUUUGUUUCUAGCUCUCAACAAGCUUCCUUCCAUAAAGGAGAUACACUUGACCAGAUGUGAGUUUAAAAGCAUUCCCGUUUCUUUUCCCCAACUCAACUUCUCAUCGCUUUCUCUCCUUGAUUUGUCUUACAACAACAUCAAUUUCUCCGGGAUUUCAUGGAUGUUCAACCUCAAGAGCCUCCAAUAUUUGGACCUUGGUCACAAUGAACUUUAUCCUGACAGCCUAUUUUCUCCACCUGAUGACCAUCCUUUCAGGCAAAUUUUAAUACCAGCAGAAAAUAUCAAGCAGACUAAUGAGAUUAGCAUACCUGAAAGCAUUGGCAGUCUUUGCAGCUUGAAAACUCUAGAUCUUUCAGGGUUGAAUAUCAACAUGACACUCAUUGAACUUGGUCAUGUUUUUUCUGGUUGUCUUAUGAAUAGUCUCGCUCAUUUGCACUUAGCUUCUGUAAAUCUCAAAGGAGACAUAAUAGCUGGUUGGAUUUGGGACAUCAAGAAUCUCAAGUCUCUUGAUCUAUCUGACAACUCACUCUCUGGCUCUGUUCCUCUAUCUCUAGCAAAACUUGCACAGCUAGAGUAUAUGAAUCUUGCUAAUAAUCAGCUGAGAGGAGCUAUAUCGGAAGCACACUUCACUCAACUUGAGAAAUUAGAAACACUUGAUAUUUCUCAUAAUUCCCUAGUUUUCAAUGUGAGUUCUAACUGGGCUCCUCCUUUUCUUCUCAAAGAAAUGAGAAUCAGCUCUUGCUCAGUUGGUCCGAAAUUCCCAGCAUGGCUUCAAACACAGCACAAAUUGCAUGCACUUGACAUGUCUCAGACCGGAAUUUCAGACACCAUGCCUGACUGGUUCUGGAAUCUUACUUCUCGCCACAUAGUUCAUUUAGACGUCUCCAAUAAUCAGAUUCAGGGAAUUAUACCCAAAUCCUUACAUUUCAUCAACCUGGAGUGGAUUGACCUCUCUUCAAACCGAUUUUAUGGUCCUCUACCAAAAAUUCCUGGUUCGAGGGUCAUGUCUAUAAACCUUUCCAAUAACUCAUUUUCAGGAUUUAUCCCUCACAAUAUCAUAGAUGAUUCACAUCAAUCUUACUUACAAAUCUUGCUUUCCAUGAACAAAUUGAACGGCACUAUUCCUAGCUCAUUUUGUCAAAUAAGAAGACUCAUACUUCUGGAUAUCUCUACAAACCAAUUGUCUGGUGAGCUCCCUGAUUGCUGGUUAAAUUCAUCUAUACUAACUGAUUUGAAUGUGGCAGACAACAACCUAUCUGGAACAAUACCAAAUUCAUUAUGCUAUGUUCCUUAUCUACAGUCACUGCAAUUGAGCCACAACAAACUGUCUGGUGAGUUCCCAGUUUCACUCAAGAAUUGCAGUAAAUUGCCCGGUCUUGAUCUCAGCCACAAUAAUUUCAGUGGAAGAAUACCAAAUUGGGUUGGAGAAAACUUAUCCAGUUUAAGUGUUCUCAUCUUAAAAUCAAAUUCUUUUACUGAUCACAUCCCACAAGAAAUAUCUCAACUCAAAUAUCUACAAAUCUUGGAUUUGUCAAACAACAAUGUCUCAGGCCCCAUUCCAAAAAGUCUGGGCAACUUGACCACGAUGCAAAUGACUCCGAAGAACACAUACUGGCUGCCAGUAUUCCUGGCAGGUCCACAAAGCAUGCUAUUGAACCUCAAUCAAAGAGAAGAUGAGUAUAAAAGCAAUCGUCUUCCGUAUAUAAAAUACAUUGAUCUCUCCAACAAUAACUUGUCAGAAAACAUCCCUGAAGAGCUAGCAAGUCUGUAUGGUUUACAAAGUUUAAACCUCAGUGGAAAUACUUUGGAAGGUGAAAUUCCAGACAAGUUGGGUAGAAUGCAGCAAUUGGAAUCACUAGACUUGUCAAGAAACAAGUUCUUAGGGAACAUACCUGCAACUUUAUCAAACUUGACCUUCUUGAGUUUAUUCAAUGUAUCUCAUAACAACUUGUCAGGAAGGAUACCAUCAGGCAACCAAUUCAACACAUUCAGAGACCCUUUCAUUUACAUUGGAAAUCAUCUUUGUGGGUUUCCUCUAAGUGACAAUUGCACUAAAGAGGCCGUAACAAGCAAGGAAGGGCCAAAUGAUGAUAAAGCUGAAAUGGAUGAAGAUGAUGAUGAUAUCUUGUGGCUAUACAUUGGAUCCUUGACAGGAUUUCCAGUUGGGUCCUCCAUUGUUUGGAAGGGAAAAGAAAAACUUCUUGCCAAACAACUAAGAGAAGAGUUUUCAUCUUGGUCACAAAUGUAA